ACCAAUAGUAUGCGCCGUACAUAGGUGGCGCUGCGGUUUUAUCGGGUAUACACAAAGUAAACAUGGCGGACAAAUACGAGGUGUGGACUGUGCAGAAAUUAAAAACAGAAUUGGUUAAACGCGCUGCGUCAACUAAAAGAAGACAGACCGACUUAGUUGAAAGACUCAAGGCUUAUGACAGAAAUAGAAACUUUGAGAAUGAGCCCAUCAUUAUGCCUGACCCUCUACAACCCAACUGGCCUUCCCAAGGAUUCCAGCAGUUAAGCGCAAAAUGCACAGAUGACAUUUUCCCAAAAUUACAAGAGAGCAAGUGACAGGCUAUUUUAUAUACAGACUUGCUGGAGACCAAGCUAUAUCCAAUGACAUUAAGGCUCUCACUAAAGGAGAGAAAAUGAUGGAAACGAGAAUAUUUGCUUGCAGUUCUCUUCAGAUUAGAGAUCACAUAUUUUUCAGUGGAAUUGUUGGGGCUGCAAUGAAAAACAAGGUAACUUACAACUACAAGAUAAAGUUAACCAGAUCAACUGGAGAGCCGGUCAAUUCGCAUUGUGAAUGCCCAGCCGGCAAAGGACCACAUGGAACAUGUAAACACAUUGCAGCCGUACUGCUUAUGCUGGUAGAUUUUGUGAACACGGGGGAGAUAGAGGUGGAAAAGAGUUGCACUGACAACUUGCAGACAUUUCACAAACCCAAGAACUAUUAUAGUGGAUCUCCAAUGAAAGCCGAGUCCUUACCCUCUAAGCGAAAGUUUACAGAAAGUAUGUUGGAGGACCCAAGACCUGCAAAGUAUAGAAACAUGGCCUCCUACAACGACUAUGUUAGAAGUGUCAUGAUAAACUACUGCUCGUCGUCCUCAAUGGAUAUAGCUUUACGUUACAACUAUUCCAAGGCUUAUAUGCAGGCUGCAUCAAAGGAUCAUGAUUACUUACAGAAUCCUCUCUUGGAACACUGGAUUGACAAUUCUGUGACUAUUACAGAUGAAAAAGCCAAGAAAAUAGAGUCAUCAACAAGGCAGCAGAGUCAGAGUUCAGAAUGGUUUAAGGAACGGAAAUAUCUACUGACUGUGCUCAUCAUUAUUUAA